UUAAGCGCCUAUUCCGUAUCAGGUAGCCGGAUUACAAAAUGUGCUUAAAUUGGCAGCGGAGCAAAUUCCAACACAAGCCUAUAUUUACAGGUGGAUGAAUGAGACACAAGUCCUUUCUGGCAGGAACCUGGCAACAAAGCCUGGCAGUCAGUUGGGCACGGAGCAGUCACCGAGUAAAUGCUCUGACCUGCAGGGUCCUGGAACCCGGAGGCACGGAGACAGAACACGGAGGGCGAAGCGGCCGGCUCCUGGGAGGGAGAUGUGCUUGCGUCAUCGGCGCGUGCGGCCGGCCGCCGUCGACGUCGCGGAGAGAUGACGUUGAGGCCCGGCCCGGGCUGUCAGUCACUGAGCCGCUGAUACGCGCCGAGGGUCCCGCGGGGCCGGCGCCGCCAUGGCGGCCGUAUUUGACCUGGACCUGGAGACGGAGGAAGGCAGCGAGGGCGAGGGCGAGGGCGAGCCAGAGUUCAGCCCUGCGGACGCGUGUCCCCUCGCCGACUUGAGGACGGCUGCCCUGGAGCCUGUGGGGCACUGUGAGGAGGUGGAGCUGACCGAGACCAGUGUGAACCCCGGCCCCGAGCGCCUGGGGCCCCACUGCUUUGAGCUGCUGCGUGUGCUGGGCACGGGGGGCUAUGGCAAGGUGUUCCAGGUGCGAAAGGUGCAGGGCACCAACUUGGGCAAAAUAUAUGCCAUGAAGGUCCUGAGGAAGGCCAAGAUUGUGCGCAACGCCAAGGACACGGCGCACACCCGGGCUGAACGAAACAUUCUGGAGUCAGUGAAGCACCCCUUCAUUGUGGAGCUGGCCUAUGCCUUCCAGACUGGUGGCAAGCUCUACCUCAUCCUCGAGUGCCUCAGUGGCGGCGAGCUCUUCACACACUUGGAGCGAGAGGGCAUCUUCCUGGAAGACACGGCCUGUUUCUACCUGGCAGAGAUCACACUCGCCCUGGGCCACCUCCACUCCCACGGCAUCAUCUACCGGGACCUCAAACCCGAGAACAUCAUGCUGAGCAGCCAGGGCCACAUCAAACUGACGGACUUCGGACUCUGCAAGGAGUCCAUUCAUGAGGGUGUCGUCACCCACACCUUCUGUGGCACCAUUGAGUACAUGGCCCCUGAGAUUCUGGUGCGCAGCGGCCACAACCGGGCGGUGGACUGGUGGAGCCUGGGCGCCCUGAUGUACGACAUGCUCACUGGAUCGCCACCCUUCACGGCAGAGAAUCGGAAGAAAACCAUGGACAAGAUCAUCAAAGGGAAGCUGGCGCUGCCCCCUUACCUCACCCCGGAUGCCCGGGACCUCGUCAAAAAGUUUCUGAAGCGGAAUCCCAGCCAACGGAUCGGGGGUGGCCCAGGGGACGCUGCUGAUGUACAGAGGCACCCCUUUUUCCGGCACAUCAAUUGGGAUGAUCUCCUGGCCCGCCGUGUGGACCCCCCUUUCAGGCCCUGUCUGUCAGAAGAGGACGUGAGCCAGUUUGACACCCACUUCACGCGGCAGACACCAGUGGACAGCCCGGACGACACGGCCCUCAGUGAGAGCGCCAACCAGGCCUUCCUGGGCUUCACGUACGUGGCGCCCUCCGUCCUGGACAGCAUCAAGGAGGGCUUCUCCUUCCAGCCCAAGCGGCGCUCCCCCAGGCGCCUCAACAGCAGCCCCCGGACCCCCAUCAGCCCCCUGAAGUUCUCACCCUUUGAGGGGUUCCGGCCCAGCCCCGGCCCACCAGAGCCCAUGGAGCCCCCUCUACCUCCUCUCCUGCCAGCACCGCCACCACCACCCUCGAGCACUGUCCCCCUCCCCAUCCGACCCCCCUCAGGGAAAAAGAAGUCCAAGAGGGGCCGUGGGCACCCUGGGCACUAGGAGGAUGGGCAGGGAUGAAGCCAGCUGCUGAGGCUCCUCCCUGCAGGCCAAGAAGGACCGCAGGGGACAUUGGGGUCCAGGAGUGAGUGUGUGUGAGAGCGUCUCUGUUGGGAGUGGCCAUGCCCCUGGAUCAGGAGCGGGGGCUGGCUGCGGGGGAGGGCCUCCCGCCGCUGAGCUGUGUGCUCGCAGAAUAAAGGAUCAGAUCAUGGCA